CAGUCGUGAGUAAAUGUAUGCCCACAGCUGAUUGGCAAUUUAGUUAAGUAUGAUGGUCACUUUCCUUAUCAUAUACCGUAGUAUAAUCAGUUUAUCUUAAUUCGUGGUAGCGAAAUCUCAAUGUGACGUGUUCGUCGAAUUGGGACUUGGAAGCGCGAGUUGUGAUAAAUGAUAAGAAAACCAAAUACUAAUACCAAGUCACUACUAAACAAUUUGGUUUUCUCAAAAAAAAAAAAAAAACAAAAACCAGAUAAGUGAAGGGUCAUUGAAUCCUAAGGUCAAGGUUUCACAUGGUAAGACUUCAUGAUUGUCUAAUUUUUGACUGUACAGUAAAAGUAGUAUGGAUAGCACUAUAAACGAUAAAAUACAGAAAACGAUCGUGACACCAGGUAUCGACGGUCAGCCUACUUUCUCCAUUGGCACAAAAGCGUCAUUUCAUUUUGUGACGAGACUAGUCAGUAAUGGCAAAGUAAUUGAUGAUAGUUAUAAAUGGCCCAAGCACAUGGAAAUAGUUUUCGGCAAAAAAUUCAAGUUGGAAGUUUGGGAAACUGUAUUGACGUCUAUGCAAGAGAAAGAAAUUUCUAAAUUCAUCGUACAUAAAAGUUUGGUCACAGCCUAUCCGUUUAUUUCGAAAACGUUGCGCGAUGCCGGUCGUACGUCUGUGCCGGUGUCGAGUCACUGUUGUACUGCACAACUUCAAAAGAACGGAACCGGAUACGAUGAUCUCAAUGACCUUUUGGCAGAACCCGACCAUUUGGAAUUCACUAUAGAACUAUUGAAAAUCGAACAGCCCGGUAUGUUUGAGAAGGAGACAUGGUUAAUGGACGAAAAUGAAAAACUAAAAAACGUACCAGUGUUGAAAGAAGAAGGUAAUGAGUUUUACAAACAAGGCAUGUACAAGGAAGCCGAAGAUAAAUACAUGGUGGCUCUUGGGUUUCUGGAGCAAAUCAUGAUGAAGUUGAAGCCGCAAGAAAAAGAAUGGAACGAACUCAACGACAUAAAAACUCCGUUGUUACUUAAUUUAGCUCAGUGCAAACUCAUAUCUAAAGAAUAUUACCAAGUUAUUGAGCACUGCACUUCAAUUUUAGAUGUCAAUCCGGACAACAUAAAAGCCUUAUUUAGACGUGGCAAGGCUAACAUUUCUGUUUGGAGAAUGGAUGAAGCAAGAGAAGACUUAAGACGAGUAACCAAUUUAGACCCCUCCAUGGAAAUUUCCGUUAACCGUCUACUAGUUCAAAUCAAUGAAGCUAUAAAAAAGAAAGACGACGAGGAUAGACAAAAGUUAAGGGGAAAACUUUUUUGAACAAAAAUAUUUUAUAACAUGUUAUUUAUGUAUAUUAUUUUGACCUAAGUUACCUACAAUCCAACGCGGUCAUCUAAAUAAACAACUCAUUUGAUCUA